AUGAAAAUACCUGCAUUGGCAUCGCGAUUUGAGAAAGGAGCUAACAGUAGACCUUAUGUUCCAAAAGUAUGGAGUUCACCGAGACCGAAUCUUUAUCAAAGAAGAUUCUAUAGCCCCAGACGUAGAUCUAAGAUCACAGCCACUGUUUUGGGACCAGCAAAGACAAAUGGAUACAGGCACAAUAUCUAUCAAUAUUGGAACCAUCCAAGCCUAGGCCCUCACCAAAGACCUGACCAAACUCCGAAGCGAGAAGUGCAGAAGACGCGAUUUCCAUUCCAACUCCAGUAUGAUGUUAGAGAGUAUGGUGAUGUUAGCCGAAAUCCCAACCAGAAACUGACCUAUGAUGCAGCUGACUAUCCACCAAUCUGGAACCGUCAAACAGCUACUCCUGUCGAUAAGCAGUUUCGUGUUGCCAGAGAUAGCAUCAGAAAGACAAGUUCGCCAUUUGUUGGCCAGAAUGGUUUCAGGAAAGGACAAAAACUUCGUAAAGACUGGAUCCCUCUUAAACCCGGACUUUUUAUUCCACUUUAUGGUUCCGCAGCAAUGACGAGAAACUUCCCCAUGAUAAUGCACACUCGCGUAGGCCUGAAUCCAUAUGAAUCGAGUAUCUCGCCCAAAGUUCCCAGCUGUUUGUUUAAAAUGCAGCGCAAUCGAAUAUCUCACAUCAAAAAGAUGAGCAGAAUUCCAGCUCGUGCGUUAAUUUUGUCCUCAGAAAACGGGAGGGCCACUCCAGGCCUCUACAUACCAAGCUUAGCAAAUAACUACCAUCAGCGAGAAUUAGCAUUGCAGCGAGAGUUAGAAUCUGAGUCCAGUCAAGAUCUGAAAAAUGCAUAUGACAGCAGUGACACUGCAUUUGCAAACGUGUUAGGAGAGGUUAAUCUUGGUGGAAGUAACUUGAUUUCUGAGAGUGCACUGAACCAGCCGGCCUCGUCGAAUUCAGGGUACAGGACAUCCGGAGCAGAAGAAGAAGGAAGACCAGUACCAAGAACUUCGUAUGGAACUACGAGCUACAUAAGAAGGAAAAGCAGACUAAAUGAUCCGAAGCUGAUCAGGUUAAGGCACAUUCUUCGUUAUAUGAAGAAGCGGAGUCUUGAUCUAACGAAAGCUCACAGAAAUGAUGACUUAAGUAGCUAUACGCUAGGAGAAACACAAAUAUUGCACGAUUCAAAUGAUGCUCGUCUUUUUGAUAAACGUAACGUCAAUGACGAGAUAGAGAAGAGAUUUUCCAUGCGUAAAGCGAAGGGAAGACGGAACUGGGGCGCUCACAAUGAAUUUGCGUCUAACGUUACGCGGGCAUCUAUGAUUUUAUUAAAGCAAAGAAAGCAGAACAUGCACAAAAGGGCACUUCAGCUGCCAGAUGAUCUUUUUCGAAACUCGACUGCAAAAAUCGCGAAGGGGAGGUCACCUGGGACUGCAACAGUUGAAGGUGUACCAGCGGUUUUGAAAAAGGACAAGAAAAAGGAGAAGUCACCUUCGUUAUCACCAGAAAACGUUUCGUCAAAUAUGCAUCAUGCGCUUCAUCCUAGCAAACGAAAGAAAAAUAAACAAAAACAUGGUAGGAAUUUCAUAAAUGUAAACGGCGGUGGAAUAUACUUCAAUACAAGAAACGCGUACCUAAAUCGCCACUUAGCGCCUUUUCAUGACAAUGGUGCGACAGAAAGAUACGAGCCAUUCUUCAAUACUAGAGGGCCCUUUGAAGCCCACCAAAUGGCGAUGGCGAGACGUAUGCGUGCAAUGCGGUCACGUGGGUUGUUUCAUUCCUUAGGCAAUAUUAACCCACGGUUUUUUUCUUACAGUCCAUUUCGGUUUCCAUUGAUGCCUAUGCCUCAGCAGUUUAUGGCAAUGCAACGAUUUGGAUUACCAGUACGAAAUUUUCCAUCUGAGUACAGGACGCUACCUUUUCCGUCGACCCAGAAUCAUUUUGGCAUUCCUUGGUACAUGAGAGUGCAAAACAGGCUGACAGAGACACAAGGAGGGGAGACUGAGGAGGUCGAAAAAGCAACUCCACAUGACUCCCACGACCAAACUGUAAUACCGCAAACCAGUGAAGGUUUCAAGACUUCAAUCUCCUCACAAGUAGGCAAAGGCAACUACGCUGAAAGCUUUCAAAGCCCUAAGACAGAACUAUCCUCCCAGAUCCUUAAAAUAGAGAACAAUAGGGCAUUUGAAGGGCAGCCUAUACUUAACGCAGAAGGCGUCGAUACUAGUAAUCCAGGCCUAGACGGAAAGGCGACGAAUGUGCAGUUGACGGGAAUCCAAGUGACAGAUCAAUCAGCCACCAUGCUCAACAAGUGGUACCCUCUGCGCAAAGGCAAAGUUUCACUUAUGUCUGAUCCUCGAAAGUAUACCUCUCAAUGGCCAUCUCGUCUCCCAGGAUUAGAUUUGGUUGCUACUUCUGACAGCCUUCGGUCAAGAGAUGACUUUCCAGCCAUAUAUACGCCUGGAAUUUUCAAUGCUUUUUACCCUAAAAAUUAUCAGAAUUAUCGUUCUCCUCCUUAUAAAGAUGAUGUCUCAGAAGAGGGUAACAUGGGAGUGGAAGAGUAUAUCCGGGGUACUGAGACACCGCCGACUGUACCAUCUGUGAAUCAAGGCUUUAAGUUUCACGGCAUAUUGGGUCAGGAAUAUAUUCCAAGUCCUGUUCCAUAUCAUACAUCCCCAUUCAAGAAUCACUUUUAUAAAAAUUUUCCGAACCUUGGAAGGAGACGAAUUGUCAGGAAACGUGAGGUUCGCCGUGAUAAGACACAUGCCCAUAAACACCAUGAAGUGUUUAAUGGGCCAUUCUCUUAUGGGCGCCGAAGAAAGUUUAAGUCAAGUUUUAAAUUAUUGGACACAAACCAAAGGGAAUAUUCGAAGAUAGAAGCGGGAGGCACACAAGCACAUUUAAAUGAGACAGAUAUUCACAACAAGAAAACAGUUUCAGUUGCUAACGACCCAAGAACACAAAUAGUCUAUCCCGUGGAGGAUCCAAUGAACGAGAUCUUGAGCAAAGGAUAUUCAAUAGCGCCUAGAUCGUAUGGCGUAGACGUUUCACCGGGAAUUGCACCAUGGCCCUUAACAUAUACUCCCGUUGUACCACAGCAAAUUUUUCGACGCUUUCCAUUGCUCGCUUUUCCAAAGGGCCCGCCACUAUCAUUGAUGGAACUCUCUCAAGAGGUAGAUCAGUUCCCAGACAAAGUCUCAACCGGUACAAACACUCCAUAUGAUACAAGCCGACAGGCUUCAUACACAGGCAAUGGUCCUGCAAGGUCGUGGCAAGAAGUCGGAAAUCAGCCAAAUACUGUCAGUGCAACUUUGAAUAUUCUUCGUAGUCAAGAGGCUUUGGGAUCCUCUGAGAAAUCCACAGAGGAGAUGCCAAGGGACGAAGGGAGUGAGGAAAAUGAAACCGGCCAGAAAGGAUCUCAGUCUUCAACUUUUUCACUGAACGCGAAUGGCUUCCCAGAAAUACUCCAACAGUCCAUACCGGGGUUUGCAAGCCAUAGCUACUCGGAAUUUCCAGAAGAAGCUGAACAGGCUACGCCAGGAAACGAGCAGCUCAAAAAAGGCACUCAUGGUUUAUCUGAUGGAGAAGAAUCAUAUUCGGAAGCGGGGAAAUCCAUUGUUGACGGGGAACGAAAUGAGGAUGGAGAAAGCGACUCAAAUUUCACUCCAGGAUUACUUGGCGGCUUAGAUACCAUGCAGACAGGUUUACUCAAGCAACAGUUUGAUAGCACCCCUUCCCCGAAAGGGCGAGUAAUGGUUAGUUUUCGUACAUUUGGGCCUCACCAGGAGGGAAGGAGACUACAUUCUCCUACAUCAGCCGAACGAGAAAGAGCUGAUUUACGCCAAAAUGUUAAGGCACCUCAGAAUUCUCUUUUGCAGGAACGGGCUACAUUUAGCACUAAUCGAGAUGUUCACAAAAAUGUUCCAGAGGGUCUUCAAGAAAAUGGUUUUGAUGCGACAGUCCCAGGAAGAAAUAGCCACAUGCUGACUCUGCCGAAUCUUUCUUUAAACUCCAUCGAAAAACUAAUCGAUUCAGCGGCUGAGGAACAAUCGGCAAUUGAUGACAAAACAAGUACAGGCCAUAGUUAUGGUUCACGUUGGAGGGGUGAGGCAAAUGAACAAUUUAAUGAUGACAAUCUAAGUAAUCAUGGUUAUCCUGCUAAAUUAGGUCAAGGCGUUCUCAAGAAAAAUGGGGAAAACAUACACAAUUUAGACUGGAAAUCGCCUCUCCUAAGUCAGUCACAGGCACCCUUCGAUUUCAAUUGGAAACUUGAAAGAGCUCUUACACAAUGGAAAGGACCAGCCUAUUCAAGACCAGAUACCGCUAAUAUGGAAGGGAAUUUGGCAGAUGAUCAGCCUGAAAAUGCCUUUGUGAAACCGAAAGGAUCAAAUGAUAACCCCGAUGUUGUUCCCGGCUAUACAUUUGAUACUCAGGGACAACGCUCCGUGCCGCUCUUUCUGCCUAACCCACCAUCCGACCUUGCUGAUGACAGCAAUGCAGAAACAGUGUUGAUGGUACCUGCACCAGGAAACAAGGCAAAAGAAGAAGCAGAUUCUACGAAAUCUGGUGCAAAAAAGGAAACCAUUUUUAACAAAACGAGCCAAAAGAAAACAUUUAGGGGCUAGAGAGAGAAUGUUAAAGAUUUCUUGUGUCUUUAAGUAUUACAAAUUUUUAACUAUUAGUUUUGAAAAUACGUUCUUCAUAUUCCGCAUCUGAAGAGUCUAAGAUUGAAGACACCCAUUAAUCAACAUAGGAUAUACAUUAAUUUCGUUUGCUCAGAGUAACUUCCUAUUGAGAUUCUGCUAGCGCAACAAUAGCAUAAAAGUAUAUUAAAUAAAUAUUAUAUAUAAGUGAAGGAAUCAAAGACGACGCAUCGAUUCUCUGUUACUCUGAGUUUCGCGCCUAAGCGCUCGUCAGACAGAACUUUAUUCAUUGAAGAACAUACCUCCCUAUAUACAAAUUAAAUGAGUAGCUAAUUAAUUCACUAGUGUGAUGAUCUGAUCUAUGUGAGAAAUAAAGAUUCUAUAGAGCUAU